GCAUCAGUCGUCGGAUGCUAGUCACUCGGGAAAAUUUUUGGGUGAUUCGAAAUUCUCAGAAAAUAAAAUUAUUCUUGCAUUUGCCCUGGAAGCACCAACACGCAUGCUGUAGGAGGCAAUGAUAAAGUUUGUGUUUGGUGAUGUCUAAGUUUCACUUGUCUCACUUCUAAGGCUAGCACCUAGUGAUAAGUGUUGACUUUCUAAGAGCGGAGAGGUACGGUAUGUGACUUCAUACAGGUUUAAUUUGUGAAAAUACAGUGGAUCUAAUUGGGAAAGUUUCGGGGCUUAUAAAUCACCUGAAAUAAUGGAAGUGCUCACGACGGGUCGCUGCGGGUUGCGAUAUUCAAAUUUGCGCAAAAUUACUGUGAAGAUUUUGUGAAUUUCGGUCAAUUAAUAUAAAUUAGUUAGAGGUGAAAUGGAGCUGCUGUUUAUAGGAUAGAGUUUUGUUAACACAAAUAUUUAAUGCAGCAGUAAAUGUUGAUACUUAUCGCUUGUGAUAUGGAAAAGUAAUUGAGUGCAGUAUAAUGCAUGGAAGUGCUACCAAUCAUACUACAUUGAAUAUUGAUAAGCAGAUAAGACUCCACCCACUCGAUUUAAUAUAUAUCGUCAGCUACCUGCGACAUCGGCAGAAUCCUUAUCGCCAAUAGAAUCCUUACACAUGUUGUAUUGUGAUAAACAUAUCGUGAUUUGUGUAGGCAAAGUAGAAGCCAAAGCCAAAUUGGAAUCUUACUUGCUAUCCAUCCAAUUUGUGUUGUCGUGAAAAACAGCUGGCGGGCAGACACCUUACCACCGAUAGACAGUGCUAUGGUGUAAAAACUUUUUAUGAAGAGCGAUAUGUUAUAAACAUACCUAAAAAACAAAAUAAAAAAAAAAUACAGGUACUUGUGGGAAAUUUCCUAGAUAAACAAUUACCUGAUGAUAGGUAAAACGAGUGAUGAUAAGGUGAAAAUCGGCCAACGUAUUGAAAAGCUUUGCGAUUGGAAGUCUAUAGCUGGCACAGCGUUUUCUUUUUCUCCGUAUCAAACAAAUGAGAUCUGGAUAAAAGUUGAGGCGGCGCAAAAACGGUGUCUACGUGUUCCGGUGAAUUAUCGUUAAAACCGAACCUAAAUGGUUGGAAAAAGAAUCUUAAGCCAACAGAAAUCUUGCAGAAUGAGUGUACACCGUUAUGGAUAAAAAUAAUGAAGAUAACCACGUGAAACAUAAUGCCACAUCGAAGUAUUUUUGUGAACUACUGUGAAAAAUACCCUAAAAAAUCCACAUAGAAUGUUUGAAUGGACAAGAUUAUUUUACCACUUUUGUUCUUAAUGAAUAAUUUUAUUAUGUAACCAUCAAAAAUUAAAAAAACCAACGCACAUAUUCGAAAUGAUAGAACAAUCCCAACGAGUUCAGAAUGGCCAUGCUAGGUUACUUUAUAUACGAAGUAGUAAGAGUAUCGCUGAGUUCUAACAAAAAUGUAACAUAUAUGCGGUGGGUGAUAGAGCAUCGGAAAUAGUGUAUGAGUGAUGAGUGUUUUUUUUUACCUAAUUCCAAUUUAAUUGCCAUGUAUAAUUGCUUGAAAUGUAAAGAUUUAGCAUAGUCGUUUGCACACAAUGUUUAAAUAAUAGCUAAUCGCACAACGAGAAGCUGCGAGUUUAUGUGAAACAAACCUGGCGCCGUUCACAAAUGUGGCGUUAUUCGAUUGAGGAAAAGCACUGACAAGGGCAUCCAAGGUGAAGAUGCUCGCUCUUGCCGCAAUACUGGCCGUACAUGCAGGAUUUGCUGGUUCGAUUCCUAGUGCACCGGAAAACAUUACCAUUACGUUCCUCACGCCAACCUCGGUUCGCGUUUCAUGGCAGACCUCGAUGGAUCCACACACGAUGCCAGUUGACAAAUACGACGUUACUUAUAAACCGACUGAUGCCAGUUACAGGGUUGUCGUAGUGGUGGCCGGAAACCGAGAGGCAGUCACCCUUGGAGGAUUGUCACCCGACACUCAGUACCAACUGACGGUAGCGGCUGUUUGGAACGGGAAGAAGUACCGCAGCCGGCCAAUCGUAUUCAGAACGCUGGAGCCUCCCAGGACUUCGUUCCAGCAGGACUCCGGUGCGCUUGCUGGGAACAGCGGGCCACCAAUAUCGCCACAUGCGGACACUGCACCGUCGUUAAGCGGGUUCGGUAUCUUCAGCGAUGAGUUCGGCAACAUCUCAGUUAACUCCACCUCCCGAGAACUUCCAACGAUCCGUGGUGUAGAGAUCGGAAUAGUAGUGUUAGUAUUGAUAGUAUGGGCUGGUGCUAUAGCGUUAUUUUUUAAUCGAUGGGGUAAGAUCCGAAUGUUACUUCCAUAUCAACCAGACUACAAACAGGAGCAGCUCAAAGUACCUGGAACGGGUGUCUGUGCCAAUGGCAGCUGUAAUGGACAGCACUCGCAUCAGGCGGAUGCUCACUAUCCAAUUUCGGUUCCGUGUCCGUCAAUCAUCGCCACCGCCAACAUCACCUCAAAGCAGCCUUACCAUCCGUGGCCGGAGGAACCCUCGUCGGUGAUAUCGGAACGAUGUACAAGAGCUCGUAUUAACUCGGCGAUAUUUGUCUCAUCCGAAGGCAGAGGGUUCGACUCGAUCGAGUUCAUUCGCCGGUAUGGGUCACAAUCUGUUCUCUGUCGAAAAGCACGGAGUGCCGAAAACGUGUCCGCCUCGGAGCGACAGCGUCGCUUUUCCGAGUAUCCAGAGUGGGAAUCGGAAGAGAGUAAGCAGAACUGUAAAGUGAACGGGAACAACAACUACGGUAACAGUAGCGCUGGCGGCAACAACCCACAUCAGGACUCAAUCGAAUUAGUCGAGUGCCACCAUGAACCAAGCUCUGCAUCGAACGCUAGCACUAGUAAUCCGAAAUGUGGCGGCGUAUCCGGCAGCAUCGGUAGCAACACGAACGCCGCCAGUAGAACAACGCCAAAGCUAUCGAACCUGCCGACGCUGUCAGUGUCAGGACCGUCACCCCCACACGAGGAAGAAUUUUUGUUAUAAUCUCGGUAGUGCAGUACACCAUCGCUAGCUAGUCGAGAUUCGUAUGCGUAAUCUUCCUCUCCCAAUUCGACGACGUAAAGCUUGUGAUGUGGUGUAACGAGUUUUUAAGCACACAAAUCCCACGUGGCAUCAUCUAGAAAUUAGGAUAGAACACUAAGAAUCACUUUAUAAACUAAACAAAAAGAAACAAGACACGCUAGCAGUUUCGUUCGCGGGCUAAGUCAUGCACAGUGGAAUACAAAAAUGAGCUUUAAGAAUAUGCCGGAUAUGAAGAAAAUAUUAUACAAAAUCCGUUUUGUAAAAAAACUGUUUAAAAUAAUAUGCGAUUUUAUACUAACGUGUGAAUAAUUAAGAUAAUGUGUGUGUGGAAUUUGCGUUACCUAAAACCUUCAAUAUGUUGUAAACAAUGAUGUAACAAAAUAUAAGUAUCCUGAACGCAGCAUAUCUCCUGCAACCACUAGAAAAUGUUAAGGUAUCAUAUGUUACCUACAUCAGAGUCAGAGAUGGCUCACAUGAAACUGACGCACGAAUCAGUUUUUUAUUUAAUUAUUAAUAAACAUUCAUAGGAACAUUUUCAGCUCACCCUUUGUAACUCUGUAGCACCUAUUAUCAUUUUUGGUAUUUCGAUUUCUUCCCACAGUACUAAGUAAUACGCAAAAAACCCGCACUAUAUUCUUGACUGAAGCGUCAAAAUCCGACUGUAUGAAAAAAGGGUUUACUUUGCUUCUUCCUGAAAGUUUCCAGGAAAACUUAAGAAAAACUUAUUUUUAUAUAAUUCUAGGAUUAAAGCUCAAUUGAAAAAUAAUCAUCUUUCAAGAUCAUUUCUGGAAGCAAUUCACUAAUCCAAUCGCAGACCAAAACCAUCGUGGAGAAUGCUAAUCGAAACCGAAUAAUAAAUUUGCCCCAAUAAUCAUAACAACGAUGAUUGUGAUGCCGGUGACUACUUGUACCAUAAUUGGGUCCAAUUUCGAAGGCAUUCCCCGAUCAGGAUAUAUCAGCUCGCUGUUUUGCUUACCCCACUUCAAAGAUCUUCUGAUUAUUCACAUAAUGAAUUCAAGGCCUACGUUGGGCUAUCCAAUCGAAUACGGACACAAAAUUAGAUGGCAAAAAAAUGCUGCUAAUUGCAUUUCUAUCGCUGCACAGUGGGUCGGAAUAUGAAUGUGGCAGGAGUUUUAGUUGUCUUUCUAAGCUAUGCAUAAUGUUGUCUAUGAAAAAGAUUUUUCGUUAUAUAGUAUAAAAUUUCAUUCAAAGAUGAACUAGAGUAAAUUUGCACAGAGACAUUAGUUUCCCCCAAAACUUUUGUUCUGAAUCACUGUGCACUGAAACGGCUUUAUCCGCAAACUUGGACGAUUAUAUCGCUUGUUGAAUAUAAUGGCCUCUUAAGUUUGUUUUUAAACCUGUUUUCAUUGAACUGUACGCUACAGUUCUGAGGCGAAAAAACUGCUCCAUACAAAUUCUGAUUCAUAGCGCCGAAUAUUAUGUUGUCAUUUCGGUAGAUAAAUAAACAUGGAACAUGGUUCAGGUCUGUUUCCUGUUCGAAACAACGGAAGCGCAGCAGAAUCGCAAAAUGUAAGAACGAAUAAUUAUUGAUACUUUUUUGUUUUUGUAUAAUGAUGAUUGGCGAACCAGAAAUGCAAUUCAAAUUAAAACGCUUGAAAACGUAUGCAUUGAUAUCCAGAAUUCAUUUGACAGAUACGUUUUAUGCCUAUUUUGGAAGCGAUUUACAUCGCCUCACUUAAAACGCUACAUUAUUUUUAAUGUUCAUGCUUUCGAUGGUUUUCAUGAUUUAUUUUUACUAUCAGUUAAAAAUCAUUGAAAAAAACGUGAUGUACAGCAGCUGUUAUUUUUAUUCAUCAAUUGUAAUGUAUUGUUAACACACCUUGCGGUGUAAACGGACUUUUCAUUUAAUUCUCAACUGAAAAACUGCAUUCCUUCUAGACCACACUUGGCAUGAGUAUAUCCAUAGGCGUAGCCAGGGGGCAGGGGGGGCAUUGCCCCCCCUCUAAAUGUUGACAUUGGUGCAGAAUUUUAUUUUCAAUAACUCUAAUAGCACAAAACGACAUCUUUAGCCCAUAGAAACAUCUGUGUAAAGUAUCAGCCAGAUCAGAAAUAAUUUAUUGAAAUGCUUGCGCUAUGUUGCGUGGAAUUACACAGGUUUUUCAGUUGAUCCACCAAGGAUAUUGCAGCGGCAAAAGUACCAAGCAAAUCCGCCUGCAUCAACUAGCUUGGAGUAUUGGAACCGAGCUGUGAUAAUUCCUUACCUUGAUUCUCUUGCAGUGGCGUAGCGUGACCGGGUGACACCCGGGGCGGGAAAUUUGGGUGUCACCCCUUCUCCCCCUGGGUGUCACCCCCACCAGGUUGCAGUGAAAUCAUUUUCGUUCGAUUUCAAUUGCACUUAAUCUACCCAUUUCUUAAAAAAUGAUUGGGAUUAUACACACUCUUUCUUACGCGGGCUUUUUUUUUUUUGAUACGUAUUUUCAAACGAGAUUUUUUUGCAAUAGCGCGGAUUUUAUUUACCCACUUUGAAAGAUAAGUAAAUCUACUCUAAUCUUUUUUUUUUGAGGGCGAUACGUAUGAAAAUUUUCCUCACGGGUGUCACCCCCUAGCUUGCCCCCCCCCUAUUUGAAAUUCUGGCUACGCCCAUGAGUAUACCCUUCGUUCGGUAUAAGUAUAACGAUUCGAUCAUAUCUCCAACUAAGCAAAGUGGUGCUAAGUUCAUUAAAACAAUGUCUCAAACCCACGCUCUUCUAGCUUCUUAAAACGCUUGCAUUAAUUUACCAUGAACUUAAAACCAUCAACACACACAACAUAACGCACACAAAAACUUGGUGGCAGACAUUUUUAUGUCAACUGGAAAGGGGUGGGUAUUUGGUGUAGUCAGUUGAAAAGACAAUGAAAGCAUUUUUUUGUAUCUAUUGUUCCAUUGAGCUUUGUUGAUUUUUAUAUCGUAAGACAAUAAGAGGCAAUAAAUUGCAAGUUGUUUUUUGGAGAUAACUUACUCGAAACAGCGCGAAUACUGUUAACGAAACUAUGCCGCACAACAAAGUGCAAACGUAUUAGCUCUGGGUAUGUGGAGCAAACCCGAAUAUUUCACGAUCGAACGAAAAAAAACCAAUAGUUUGUUACUUUCCUGCGAAGUCGCUGAGCAAAUGAUUGUCGUAAAUCUGAGCUUCACUGUUUUGAUCAAGUAACCGCUGCAACAGUUCACACACAGCACACAGAACGAUCUUUCAGAUGCUUCUAUCGUUAAGAAGGAGCAUCACUUUUGAUAAAGCUGAGAUCAAAUUCAACUUUUAGUUUCAAAAGAGCGAAAAUGAAAGAUGAAACCAAAAAUAGUGGAUUAGGUUGUUUAUAAAACACGACCACAAUGUUAACGUAGAAUUACGACAUAUAUGUCAAUGUAUUUCUAGCAAUAUGUUUAGGAAUAUUCUCGAUUAGGGUUAAUCAAUUUGAUAGUGUGAAACGGUAAAUUUCAGUUAUAAUUUUUCAACUCUCUUUUUCAUUAAAUAAUUAAUUCCUUCGAGAAGGAGUGUCGUUCAAUUGACUGUGGGCCAGUCUAAAAUAUUUUUGAAGGUUGCUGGAACAAAGCAGGCAUGUCCAAACCCACCACACCACUUGCGUGUGUGUUUUAGGCGAUGCCACGGAGGGUUUAUUCAUUGCCCUUCAGUGCUUAUACAAAACCGAAACCCACAGUGUUCUAAAUAAAACAGCCCUUCAGAAGCUUCGGCAAACACAUGCCCGAGUGUUCCCAAAUUCGUGAGCCCUCGAAAGCGUGUUUUCUAAAAUGCAUCAUGUUUACAAAAGUACAUAUGAAAAAAAUAUUGCAAGUGGUUGUAUGCGUUGACUACCGUCAGGCUUUCCAAUAUUAUACCAUUGUCGAUCUCGUCGUGGCGACCACUGCUUGUGUGUUCCCCAAAACUGCGAGCCCUCGGUUGCCUCGUGUACCGAAGUUGAAAAACCCUCGGCUCGCGUGUUCACGAAUGGCUCUCCAGUGUUUUGUCUUUAGCUAGCGACGGAGGGUAAUACAAAUAGCCCUGCGUGGUGUGUUUGUUAGCAGAUGGGCCCCACGCGCUUUGGUGUGCUGUAUUUUCCCCAUGCCUGGAACAAAGUUCAAAAUAAAGUAGCGUGGGUGAUACUGAAUCCUGUUCGAUAGGAAUAUUAUGUUGACUCUUGACUGCUACAAUUGACAAAAAAAUUGUCAUCCUUAAAAGGAAGGUUGGUUACAGUUUUUGCAAAGCUGAGAAUAAUUUCAAUUAUGCCUUCUUUCCCGUUUACUUCUGGAGCAGAACAGCUUGGAUGUUCAAGAGAAGGCCUCUCUGAACGCCGAAUAAAAGCUUAUUCAGUAGGAUUGGCAUGAUUCUCUUUCUAUUAUUAUUUUUAGCGGCACUCGCCGCCAAUUCCAAUAUUUCUGCAGCAAGAUACCUCAUAACAACCGCAAGAUCGACAGGUACUUCAGCACCAACGCGUAUAAUUUCCCCAACCCAGCACGAGAUGAACGGAACUUUAUGUUUCCCUUGAGUUUGCCUUCUUUGCUACGAUCAGACAAUGUAACUUAAAAAUUUUAUUGAGUGAAAUAACUAUGUGACGAUAGACAAAACUGCUACCGAUAAGAUGGAAAAAAACAGUAUUAUGGUCCUCAAUACAUACGGGUAGGACUAACGCAGCGAGCAGACGAUGCGACGUAGGUGAUAGAAUGAUGUAAUUCGAAAAAGGGCACCGAUUGUGCUACACACUGUUUGUAGGUAUACAGACGAAAGUUGUGCGCGAAGUACAUCAGUUUUUUGUCAAUUCUAGAUAAACUUUUCAAAAGGUCCUAUCUGCUUUUAUCGUUUUUCCGGAGCGUCUUUUUAUUUUGGUAAUGGUUCAGCUCUAGUAACUCUCCCAAGCGUGGUUUUUGUUUAGAAGGCUAGAGUGAUCCCUCCGCUAUCAACUAGUGCAAAUAACGUGUCAUAAAAGGUGUUUCAUAGGUUGUGGUAAUUGAAUGAAAGUGAUCGAUCAUAAAAUCGAUCAAAGCAGAUAGGACCUUUUGAAAUGUUUCUCUAGAAUUGUAUAAUAGUGAACAAGCAUGUCGUUGAGAUGGCACCGAAGACAAACAGCAAAGCAGCCAAGUUCAAACUUCCGUAUGUUUGCCGUUGGCAAGAGAGCUAACCAAGCACGCUGUGUCCGAAAUUAAGGCUUAACUAAAGCUCUUACGAUAACGAGAAUCAUCCCGCGUCAUAUGCAAAUGGUAAUUCGCAAUGACCAGAAAAUUAUUAAACAUGCCGAGUGCCAUUGUGACAAUACUAACACAUUCACAUUCUUCAUAUUUUGUUGGAUGAACAGUUUAUUUGUGGCGCAUUUUGACCCGCUACAAAUUAAUAUAAAAAUUGUUCCAUGCCUGUGAAGUCAAAUUUGCUCGUAAUUGUAGUAUCAAUGCGGUCUACGUUUUUAAAGCGUGCGCAAAUCAAAUAUCAAGCAUCCAUUUUAAAAGUGUCUGAAUUAUUUGUUGUAGUUAAAAAAAUUCACAAUUACAGUAUUUUUUUUCAACCAGAAUUUUUGGCUCUCCAGUGUUUUGUCUUUAGCUAGCGACGGAGGGUAAUACAAAUAGCCCUGCGUGGUGUGUUUGUUAGCAGAUGGGCCCCACGCGCUUUGGUGUGCUGUAUUUUCCCCAUGCCUGGAACAAAGUUCAAAAUAAAGUAGCGUGGGUGAUACUGAAUCCUGUUCGAUAGGAAUAUUAUGUUGACUCUUGACUGCUACAAUUGACAAAAAAAUUGUCAUCCUUAAAAGGAAGGUUGGUUACAGUUUUUGCAAAGCUGAGAAUAAUUUCAAUUAUGCCUUCUUUCCCGUUUACUUCUGGAGCAGAACAGCUUGGAUGUUCAAGAGAAGGCCUCUCUGAACGCCGAAUAAAAGCUUAUUCAGUAGGAUUGGCAUGAUACUCUUUCUAUUAUUAUUUUUAGCGGCACUCGCCGCCAAUUCCAAUAUUUCUGCAGCAAGAUACCUCAUAACAACCGCAAGAUCGACAGGUACUUCAGCACCAACGCGUAUAAUUUCCCCAACCCAGCACGAGAUGAACGGAACUUUAUGUUUCCCUUGAGUUUGCCUUCUUUGCUACGAUCAGACAAUGUAACUUAAAAAUUUUAUUGAGUGAAAUAACUAUGUGACGAUAGACAAAACUGCUACCGAUAAGAUGGAAAAAAACAGUAUUAUGGUCCUCAAUACAUACGGGUAGGACUAACGCAGCGAGCAGACGAUGCGACGUAGGUGAUAGAAUGAUGUAAUUCGAAAAAGGGCACCGAUUGUGCUACACACUGUUUGUAGGUAUACAGACGAAAGUUGUGCGCGAAGUACAUCAGUUUUUUGUCAAUUCUAGAUAAACUUUUCAAAAGGUCCUAUCUGCUUUUAUCGUUUUUCCGGAGCGUCUUUUUAUUUUGGUAAUGGUUCAGCUCUAGUAACUCUCCCAAGCGUGGUUUUUGUUUAGAAGGCUAGAGUGAUCCCUCCGCUAUCAACUAGUGCAAAUAACGUGUCAUAAAAGGUGUUUCAUAGGUUGUGGUAAUUGAAUGAAAGUGAUCGAUCAUAAAAUCGAUCAAAGCAGAUAGGACCUUUUGAAAUGUUUCUCUAGAAUUGUAUAAUAGUGAACAAGCAUGUCGUUGAGAUGGCACCGAAGACAAACAGCAAAGCAGCCAAGUUCAAACUUCCGUAUGUUUGCCGUUGGCAAGAGAGCUAACCAAGCACGCUGUGUCCGAAAUUAAGGCUUAACUAAAGCUCUUACGAUAACGAGAAUCAUCCCGCGUCAUAUGCAAAUGGUAAUUCGCAAUGACCAGAAAAUUAUUAAACAUGCCGAGUGCCAUUGUGACAAUACUAACACAUUCACAUUCUUCAUAUUUUGUUGGAUGCACAGUUUAUUUGUGGCGCAUUUUGACCCGCUACAAAUUAAUAUAAAAAUUGUUCCAUGCCUGUGAAGUCAAAUUUGCUCGUAAUUGUAGUAUCAAUGCGGUCUACGUUUUUAAAGCGUGCGCAAAUCAAAUAUCAAGCAUCCAUUUUAAAAGUGUCUGAAUUAUUUGUUGUAGUUAAAAAAAUUCACAAUUACAGUAUUUUUUUUCAACCAGAAUUUUUUUUCAACAAUUCAUAUGAUAUGCAAAAUUAAAGUGCAGUCAUUUCUAAGACACUUACUAGUUUAUUAAUAUACCCCGUUGAAUAGAGGACUUGUCUAUGGAACUCAACUACAAUCUUUAAUUGAAUUUUGAAUUAAGCUUCGCACAUAAUAUACAUCAUCUGCAAAAAUGUGAUGUUCAUUACAAGAGCUGAAACGCCAACGGCAUUCUAUAAAUGUUGAUGCAACUACAUUAUAAACACAUCGCUUCUCAUCAUUUUAUUUCAAAUAUAGCAGAGAACAAACCAUCGAUUUUCCUAUAAAAUUCUAAAAUAAACCUUCUUUUUUCAAUUAAACCCAUGUUCAUAUAAAUUUAAAAAAAUCACAACAAAAUAUAAACGGGACCAUUUCGUGUCUUGCUGUAGAUUCCCUCCAAAGAUUAAGUGUAGACAUAUUAUUGGUGCGAAAAGACAGAUAUAAUUAUGACAAGAAAAACCCUUUAAGCAUUGAUGAGCAAGAUUCGAGAGCUAUGCCGUAGAUUGUAUACCCAUAAGAUAUCAUUGUGUCCUGGUUUCUCGUGUAGAUAUGAUAUACAUUAAGAAAUGUAAUGAUAAAGCAGUCUAGCCUGAAAAAUUCCAACUUAAGACGAGAUUUUCUACGAACAUUGUAACAAAAACAAAUAAUAAAAGAAUCUAUUUUAUGAAAAGAACUGUUGACGAUGCAGUCAAUUUUAUAAUUAAAUUUUAUAACAAUACAACCGAAUCUGAACGUUGGAAACGUCAGGACAGAACUUUCCGUUCCAACCUAGUUUAGGAAGCCACACUGAAUUAAGCCUUAUUACUCCCGAAGUUUUCUGGAAAUAAUAUUAAUAUAAAAAACACCACUAUGAAAAUGUCAUGACUAGUAAGUGAAUGUUAACACUGCUAUGAUGAAUUGUUAAUUUUUACCCUUCCAAGGAAACUCUACACAUAUCCUAACCUAUUCUACUGCUUUCAAAACUAUUACCUUUCAUAUGAGAAUUGUUGUAUAUCUUCGUAUUCUACUGUCGUUUCUAUCUGUACCAAAUUCUGAAUCUACUAUUCUAUACUAGAAACUCUGUCAAACAAAAUUAUUAUCUCUAGCCGUUCGAAACUAAUUCUAUUUAACCACUUGCACCUACACAUCGAGGACCACGUUUGAUAUGAUAUCACCGUUUUCUAUAGAGCCUUACUAAAUGCGAUAAUAAUUUUACCGUUUUACCGUUCAACAAUUUCAUGUAGCCAAACUAAAAGAACUUCAAAGAAGUUGUUUCAAAACAAAAAUACAAGAAAUAUACUAGACUCGUUUGUACAUUAUCUAAAUUUUAUGUGACACUAGUUUAAAAGAGUAUCACUAUGCUCCAACGAAUUGUAGAAAUUUACUAAACGUACAUACGCUCGUAUAUCUUGACGACUAAUUCAAAUCUAAACAAUAAACAAUAAAAACUUUUGAUUAAAAUA